GCAGUAACUUUUUGUUUCCAGUCGGUAUUUUUCAUCUUUUUACACCUCGGCUUUUCAACUUCCUGCGAUCAAGGUGUCCUAUAUAACUUUUUUUGUUUUAUACGAAUUUAUUGUAAAUUUUCUACUCAUCGAAUAGAUUUUAUUUUACUACGUUAUACGGCCAUGAAUUAUGUUCGAACUCCGUAACUUGCUCGAGUUACGAAUUAUUCGAUCUCGUUAUGAUUGCUAUAGUAGAAAUAUAUUCACAAUUAUGUGUGUAUUUGUAAUGAUAUUUUAUUUUCGUUUAUAAACAAAAACGUUCUACGAGUGUAUUUUUACGACUUGAACUUUUAUUUACUUGCAACGUGUUGACGAAUUCAAUUGGACAAAAUAAAUACUAACCAAUAGCAAUUUUUCAAAUAAUUUCUUGAUUAUUAAAUCUAAGAAAUAUGUUAAAAAUACGUGUAUCGUUGUUACAAUUUUGAAAAAAUUAAUAAUUAUCCAUUUGUUGUUAUAUACGUCAAGUUUGAACAAAUACGUGAAAUAUUUAUUUUGGACUAUACCUUUCCAAUCUAAAGAAGCAAGAAUUACGUGGAUGCAAAGCAAACGUACACGAUUGUUUCAUUUAUUUGUUAAUAUUGUGGAUUGGCUUUCUAGCAAUACUGUCUUAGUUUAUUAUUUUGUAUGUGAAAAUUAAUAUUUCACGUGAACAUAAGUCAUUUCUACGGACAGCUAUCAAGUUCUAUUAUUUUGUUAUUUCAAUGGAAUCAAUUUGAAUAAUUUCAACACAGAAUUGUUACUUCGAGAAAGUUGAUAAUAUUUGUAUUUAAUAAAUUUUUCCGGAACAGCAAUAUGGCAGAUGAUAAAAAUGAAGAUACAAAAAAGGAGAACUCUGAAGAAAAUAAAGAUCAGCGACAAACGAUAGCUGUGGAGGAACGUUCGGAAUAUUUUAAAAAAUUAGAAAAAUGGUUACAUGAAGCUUAUGCAUGGCAGAGCAUGGCUGCAAUGUUUCCAUAUUAUUUAAUGUCCGGACAAAUAAUAAAUCCAUCAUCUGGUAUACCAUCAUUCUCAUCACAAGUAUCAAAUGUAGCAAAUACACAUAGGUUAAUUAUUGGCACAAAUGGCCAGGAGAACGAUCCAGUCAGACAAAGAAGGCCGCAAGACCAUGUAGGACCUCCAUUUCAACCUCCUGGAGCUGAAGGUUUUGAAUAUCGUAUACCUCCAAUAUGGAAGAGAUUUGUAGCAGAGUUUAUAGAUUCAACAAUGUUGUUUCUUUUGAAGUUUUCCAUUACUUUCAUUGCUAUUGAUGUUUUUGAUUUCAUAGAUAUAGAUGAUCUAGACUUGGUACGGACAAACUUGAGAAUUGAUUAUAAAAUGGCUUUGGAAAUGACAUACGGUAUAUUAGUAUUAGAAAUAAUUCAUCGUGUGAUAGUAUGCAUUUUUGAGGCAUUUUGGCUUCAACAUGGUAUAAACGGUCGUAUUGGUGGUGCAACACCUGGUAAAUCCAUGAUGGGAUUAAGAGUAGUUCAAUGCCGUAAUGUUAUACCUGUUGAUAGACCUGAUGAUCCUGAUGUUGUACUCGUUUCACCGGGGACAGAUUUAGGUUUACCAUUAGCACUUGGAAGAUCAGUUGUGAAGAAUAUGAUUUUAGCAUUUUUGUUCCCUAUAUGCUUUGCCUUAUUUUUCUUCAGGUUUAACAGAACUGUUUAUGACCUACUUUGUAAUUCUAUUGUGGUUGAAGAUCCUUAUAGAAACUUAAAUAAUAAUAGACUUCACCAACAAUAA